AUGAAUCAAUUGGAGGAUGAAACCACAAACAGUACAGACAGCAGUGCUAAGAGUCCUGGGAAGGUUCCCAACGGGGCUCCAGGGGCUCUGACCGGACCCCUCAGUCUUCUGCAGGGUUUACGGGAGUGUCAGGGUGCAUGGGCUCCCGGAAGUCCCUGGGACAGAGCCGGAGCCCGCGCUGCUUUAUGGGGUAGACCUGCUGGAAGUUUCCUGGUGAUAGGCGAUUCUUCCUCUCAGCCAAACCUCUUAUGUAUGUCUGUAGGCGGUGAAGUCGAUUCAGUCAGGGACUUCUCCAUCCAAUUCACCGGAACAGGUUUUCAUCUGGCUGCCUCUCAGCUAGUCUUUCCGGAUCUUUCUCAGCUGGUUGUAUUCUACACUCUGAGCAGAGAUGUGUUACCUCUCUGUUUGUUAGUUCCUUCAUGGGUAUAUGGCGUUAAAGAUAAACCAGUGGACAGUAUGUCGCACCUUGGUCCCAAAUCCUGGUUGUGUCCCUCAUCAGACGUACCAGCUGACGCAGUGACUCCAGUCACUCCACAUACAGUGAUGUGCUCCAUACAGUUAACCGCAGCCAACGGGGCACUGUGUGUCAUUAAUCCACUUUACCUUCAUGAGCAUGGCGAUGAUUGGCUGACAAAGCCCUCUCCCCGCCCACAACUGGCGAAUCCACCAGCCGCGCUCAGGCGAGAGAGGCUGCUGAGCACAAAGAGAAAAAUGGUGUCGCCGGGACUCAAGAAGAGAGGAUUCUCAUUGGACCAGGAAGUGUGUCCGAGCUUGGACAGUCAAGGUUCGACUGAGAUCCAAAGUCAGGAUCCUCCUACGACUCCGUCCACAGCGGGCGUGGUCCUGAGGAGGGCCAGUUCGUCCGCCAGCUGUGAGCCUCUCAGGCGGGUGAGCGGAGAGAUGGCGGUGAGCCCGCUGCCUCAGUCCCCGCACCGGGUCUCCUGGAUAGAGGACAACGUUUGGCUGAACGCGCCUCCUCCGCCCACCCUUCUCCACCCGCCCAGCAUGGAGCUGGACUCCCUGUCGCUCAGCAGCGUCGAGGACGACACCGACUCGACCAAAAGCCCGUCCGACUCGCCGCAUCUGCCCAGGGUUCACCUGGCGGACAAGGUCAAGAACCGCCUCUCGGCGAUGGGGCAGGCCCUGGGCGGGCUCGUGUCGCCGCAGCGACGGCUGACCAAACGCGUGGUGGAGCUGAGCGAACGGAAGGGCGGGGCUUUCGCCGAGGCGGUGAGGAGCUUCGUGGAGCAGACGCUGGGGGGAGGGGCGGUUCACGGGGUGACCAUCGCGGAGAUGCUCCAGGAGUUACGCUCCUCCCUCACCGCCCUGCGAGAGAUGCUGUUUGAUUACUCCGAGAUCCAGAGCGUCAUUGAGAGUAUGGGGGAUAUUCCUGACUAUGAGCUGGAUGGCAUGCUGGAGAUUGCCUUACAUAAAGUGGCUCUGAAGCCAGUCUACUCUCACCUGUACGUGACCCUGCAGACCAUGCGCAGGCAGGACGGCAGUCUGCCGCAGCUGCAGGGGAACCAGCGCACCCUGGAGAGCCGCACCCUGGAGGAGCUGGACGGCACGGCGGGGGCGGGCGUGCCCGACGCCCUCACGCUGGAGAAGAUCCAGCAGCGCUGGGACUCCAUGCACCAGUCUUAUUCCCCCAGCAAGAAAGUCCACAUCCUGCUCAAAGUGUGCAAGACCAUUUACCACAGAAUGAGCAUCAACGCCAAACCCGGUGUGGUUUUCGGGGCUGAUGAUUUCCUGCCGUGCCUGACCUGGGUGCUCCUGCGUAGUGAUGUGGCAACACUGCAGAUAGACACUGACUACAUGAUGGAGCUUCUCGAUCCCUCUCAGCUACAGGGAGAGGGUGGUUACUACCUUACAUCUCUCUAUGCUGCUCUUUUCUACAUCAGUAGCUUCCGGCCACGUAUGGCUGCGCGCCAGCUCAGUGCUGAAGCUCACAGGUCUCUCAGCCAGUGGCAUCGCAGGCGCACCCUGCACUGCAACCAAUCACGUCGCAGCCAGAACCGCAGAACAUUUCGAAAGAACAACCGUAGCGCAGAGGGCAGGGCAACCCUAAGGGAAGCAGGACAGACAUCAAGCAGAGAGAGCUUGGACUCUGGGGAUGAAACCUUUACCACGGCGCCCUCUGGUGGUCACACAGAGACACUGCCGCAUGUUGAGGCAGACCUUGGGGUUGUGAAAGAGGAGGAGGAGUCUGUUGAUGACCAGCAGUCAGACGGCGUUGCACAGGACAGCCAAACGGCAGUAAACAGAGAACCAGAGACUCUUGAAACAGACAAAUUAAGCACGGAGAAACAAUCAGACAGCACAGAAGAGCCAACUCCGCUUUGA